AUGGCCCUCGUCUCCCUCUGGGUCUCCUCGCCCGACACCCACUCCGAGCGCAGAUGGAGCCCACGCCUGACGAUCGCCGAGCUCAGGGCCAAGCUCCAGCCGAUCACCGGCAUCCCCGCCGCAUCCCAGAGACUCGCCCUCAGCCUCCACCCGGCCAGCACCCACUCCAUCCCGCUCGACAACGACCAGCUGAGCCUGGCAGACUAUGGCCUCCAAGACGGCGCCACCAUCGAUGUCGUCGACUCCGAUCCCCGUGCCGCAUCGCAAGCCGGCCAGUACAACGACGUGAGCCAGGUCGACAAGUUCGAACUGCCCAAGGAGGAAUACGAGAAACGACCGGACAGUCUGCUGGCCUUCAAGAUGCGAAACAAGCUCGGCAGAUUCAACGACGCCGACCCCGCCGAGCAACCAGCAGAGCCAGCCCCACCCAGCCAGUCUGAAUUGCUCGGCCGAUACCCCCCAGGAUCCCGCUGCCAGCUCGUCAGCCGAUCCAGCACAGCCGACGCCUUGCCGGCUCGGGGCACACUCAGAUUCGUGGGCCCAGCCGAGUUCAACCAGAAGCAUCCGUUCUGGAUCGGCGUCGAACUGGACGAACCAAGCGGAAAGAACGACGGCUCGGUCGAUGGCCAUCGUUACUUCACUUGUCCCCCCUCCCGCGGCAUCUUUGUCCAGCCGGAUCGGAUCCAGAUCGGCGAUUUCCCUCCGAUCGACUUCCUCCAAGACGAUGAAAUCUGA